CUGCUGUCAAGUGAAAAAACUGUGUUGGUGGAUUUAAAGCCUAUUGUGAAGGUGCUGCUGUGACUACGGUUCAUCUUGUGGCCUGAAAAGGAAGUCAGAGAAGGAGGAGGAAUUGGUGGCUCUUCAAGUGCAGUGCUGCUCAGAAAAGAGGCCUUGAUGGUGGAUUAAAAUCCUAGUCUGAAGCUCCUGCUAUGAUUUCUCUUCAUUUUCUGGCCUAAAAGAAAACUGAAAGAGGAAGGAAUGGCAGUUUCUCAGUGCUCAGUGACCCAUGAAGAUGUAACUGUGAUAUUCACUCAAGAGGAGUGGGCACUAUUAAAUCCUUCAGAGAAGAAACUCUACAGAGAUGUGAUGUGGGAAACCUUUAUGAACUUUGUCUCAAUAGACAAAUUACAAGGGGACCAUUCUACAAAAGAGCAGCAUAACCACCAAGGAAGUAAACAAAGUAAUAUAGUCAAAAUCACUGAAGCCAAAGAAAGAAGUCAAGAUGGUGAAAAACCUCAAGAAUGUGAAGUAGACAACAAAGUAUUCACUUAUUCUAGUUAUCUUCAAAAGCAGAAAAUAAUUCCCAUUCUUGAAAAAUCUUAUGAAUGUAAACAAUGUAGUAAAACAUUCAGGCAAUAUGGUCAUCUUCAGAUACAUGAAAGAACUCACAGUGGAGAGAAACCCUAUGAAUGUAAACAGUGUAGUAAAACAUUCAGUCGAUCCCGUAAUCUUAGGAUACAUGAAAGAAUUCACAAUGGAGAGAAGCCCUAUGAAUGUAAACAAUGUACUAAAACAUUCAGUCAAUUAAGUAAUCUUCGGAGACAUGAAAGUACUCACAGUGGAGAGAAACCCUAUGUAUGCAAACAAUGUAGUAAAGCAUUCAGUUGUUCCAGUUAUCUUUCGACACAUGAAAGAACUCACAGUAGAGAGAAACCCUAUGAAUGUAAACAAUGCAGUAAAACAUUCUUGACAUCCAGAUCUCUAAAGAAUCAUGAAAAAACUCAUAAUGGAGAAAAGCCCCAUGAAUGUAAACAAUGUAAUAAAACAUUCUUUACAUACAGGUCUCUUUGUAAUCAUGGAAAAACUCACAGAGAGAAACCAUAUGAAUGUAAACAAUGCAGUAAAACAUUCAGUUCUUCUCGUUAUCUUCGAAAACAUGAAAGAGCCCACAAUGGAGAGAAAGCCUAUGAGUGUAAACAAUGUACUAAAACAUUCAUAUUUUCCUCUUCUCUUCGGAACCAUGAAUUGACUCAUAGUGGAGAUAAAUCCUAUGAAUGUAAACAAUGCCAUAAAGCAUUUAGAUUUUACAGUUCUCUUCAGACUCAUGAAAGAAUUCACAGUGGUGAAAAACCCUAUGGAUGUAAACAAUGUAGUAAAACAUUCAAUCAAUUAUCUAAUCUUCGAACACAUGAAAGAAUUCACACUGGAGAAAAACCCUAUGAAUGUAAACAAUGUACUAAAACCUUCAGAUUUUCCUGUUCUCUUCGGAACCAUGAAAUGACUCACAGUGGAGAAAAAUCCUAUGAAUGUAAACAAUGUAGUAAAACAUUCAGUCAAUCCAGUCUUCUUAGGACACACAAAAGAACGCACAGAGGAUUGAAACACUAUGAAUGUAAACAAUGUAAUAAAACAUUCCGUCGAUUCAGUCGUCUUCGGAUACAUGAAAGAAUUCACACUGGAGACAAACCCUAUGAAUGUAAACAAUGUCAUAAAACAUUUAGAGAAUCCAGUUGUCUAAGGACUCAUAAAAGAAUUCACAGUGGUGAAAAACCCUAUGGAUGUAAACAAUGUAGUAAAACAUUCAAUCAAUUAUCUAAUCUUCGAACACAUGAAAGAAUUCACACUGGAGAAAAACCCUAUGAAUGUAAACAAUGUACUAAAACCUUCAGAUUUUCCUGUUCUCUUCGGAACCAUGAAAUGACUCACAGUGGAGAAAAAUCCUAUGAAUGUAAACAAUGUAGUAAAACAUUCAGUCAAUCCAGUCUUCUUAGGACACACAAAAGAACGCACAGAGGAUUGAAACACUAUGAAUGUAAACAAUGUAAUAAAACAUUCCGUCGAUUCAGUCGUCUUCGGAUACAUGAAAGAAUUCACACUGGAGACAAACCCUAUGAAUGUAAACAAUGUCAUAAAACAUUUAGAGAAUCCAGUUGUCUAAGGACUCAUAAAAGAAUUCACAGUGGUGAAAAACCCUAUGGAUGUAAACAAUGUAGUAAAACAUUCUCUCAAUUAGGUAAUCUUCGAACACAUGAAAGAAUUCACAGUGGAGAAAAACCCUAUGAGUGUAAACAAUGUAGUAAAACAUUCAGUCAGUCAUGUUCUCUUCGGACACAUGAAAGAACUCACAGUGCAGAGAAACCUUAUAAAUGCACACAAUGUAAUAAAACAUUCAGAGAUUCCAAUUAUUUUAGGAUACAUGAAAGAUCUCACAGUGGAGAGAAACCUUAUAAAUGUACACAAUGUAGUAAAAGGUUCAGUUGUUCCAGUUAUCGUCGGAGACAUGAAAGAACUCACAAUAGAGAGAAACCUUAUGAAUGUGAACAAAGUAAUAAAACCCCAGAAUGUCCCUCUACUCUUCAGGUAUAUGACAGAAGUCACAGUGGAGAGAAACCCUACGAAUGUAAACAAUACAUUGAAGCUUUCCAUUAUUUCACUAAUUGAGCAUGAAAAUAGGCACCAUGUCAAUGAGAGUCAAUUCAGUAAUCUUGGAACAAACGAAAUUGCUGACAGUGGAGAGAAAUUUUAAUGAAAUUUUAAGUGGAGAUUAUAGUUCGAAAUGCACAAGUGAACACAUACCUGGGACUAUUAUAUGAAUGUAAGGAAUUUAAGCAUUUUAAUUAUAAUACUAUGAGAAGCCCACUUGGUAUAUAAACUUUAUUGAAUUUGAAUAAUGCUUAAAUAUUCAAAUAGAAUGACAUUUUUCACACAUCUGAAUGUACUAAGAAAAAAAUAUCAGUGCAGACAUUAUAGAAAUACAUUAUUCAGCUACUAAAUAAUUCAUACUGAAUUAAACUUAUUGAACAUAAAUCAGUUGAAUAGUAAUAGGUACUUUGUGAACCUUUAUAUUUUUUGCAGGAAUUGUAUCUGUCUCAGGUUAUAAGCAGUGAAAGAGGGCUUGAGAUGUCUCUGCCCUCUUUCAGUUUUUCUCUACCUAUCAAAGUAAAUAAAAGUUUUAAAAAUUAACUCAA